AUAAAACAAUGCUAAAUAAAAAAGAGAGGUAAUGGUGAAAAGUUACUUCAUGGUAAAUAAAGACAAAAAAUACAAUUCUAAAAAAAAACUUUUCUAGGAUUAAGUUGGUAACAUAAUGGUAACAAUUGGUGACAAUAAAUUACUUGUUAUAUGGCUGUAAUUGUCUACUGUACACUAGAUGGCAGCCCGAUCCAGACAUUAAGCCUGUCAAGCGCAGCCUUCCGUUUAUAUGCAUAAAAACGGUUUCCAAUACGUAUUUUUUAGUUUGUUAAUAAAUCAGUUAAAAUGCGUUACAUUGUAUAUAAAUCAACAUAUAGUAUUAGUAUUCUUAUUUUCGUAUCUCAUGUUUGCUUGAUUCGUCUAACCUACUACUGAUCUGCCAUACCGUUAUACUGAUGUAUUUCAAGUCAAACUAGUGGUAGUCCUUGCACGUCGCAGCACUUUUCUUUCAUCGUUUACACGGUUUACUGAGAAUAAUAGAGGUAGCCUAUAGUACUGAGCAUAAUAUGUUUUAUGCAUGGAUCUAACCCGUUCCGUGGACUAACCGUCCUAUUAAAUUACAUUAAAACUUUAUAGAACAUUCGUAGUUUAAUCUUAAGGUGGACAAAUAUGUUGCACUUAAGACCACAGCUUUGAACAAAGCCCUCUAAAAACUUAGAGGGAAACACGCCAGUCCUCACGCGCUUUUGUUUGUAUUUCAAAUGCGCUCAUAGUUCCGUCAUUGCUUGCAUCCUGUUUUUCGAUGCUUCUUACUGGGGUUUCUUCCUCUUGUUGUGACAAUAGACGGCACAUUCUAAUCGUGUUUCAAAGUAAAUAGCAGGGCAGGGUUGAGCGCAAUGUAUAUUGUGCUUGUCAGAGCCCUUUAGUCGUAGAUAGCGAGGACUCUAACCAAUGGAGUGAAGGAGGAUUGGCUAACCUUAGCCUCCCAUUUUCUCCAUCCCCCCCAUGCAGGGUUCUGACCAGUCAGUCGCCUUUGAUUAUCAGUUGCCAGCAGCCCCUCUCUUGGCUCAUUGACAGGAGCACCAUAUAAGGCGCAGCGAUCUCCAUAGAAACGUGUUAGUUUCAAUAGUAGUGUCAAAGUUCACUAUAUACAGACGUUCGCGCAGAUCAACGUUUAGGAAACACUGCUUCGCUGGUACUCCAGUUUAAAGGCGUUCUUUUUGGGUCUCUGCUUUUUACAUAUUCGAUUAGAUGUUUUUUUCUGCUCCGUUCCUACUGGUGAGGUGAGACAACAUCUGCACUCAGACGACGUUGUUUUUUCCUGGACCACUUGAGCUUCAUUCAUGAACAUAGAUAGAGAAAUACGUUCUUCGGUGUUUCCUCCUCUCCAGCCGCGAAAACGGAGAGAGGGGCAAGGAAGAAAAAAGAAGGGAAUGUAUUUUACACUCCACCAGAAAGCAAUUAUUUUUGCGUCAGCGUCAAUGUGAAGCAAUUUUGUUGCGAUAUUUUAUAAGAAAACUGUUGGGUUAUUUUACGUCUUGGAUCGCUUUCACUAUACGAUCGGGUUCCCGAAUGGCUGGCUGCAAUUUACCUUGGAACUGGCCUCCCGACAAUUGCAUAUCCUGAUCGGCGUUCGUAUUUUGAAUGUAUUGAUCGUUUUCUGCUUCUGCUUUUUCUUAUGAAACUGUGUGCUCCGAUUUGACUUCGCGCUGCCAUUCGUCCAAUACUUCCCUUUUCCCUGCUCCGAUAUCCGAGCGACCAGUUCGCUUGAAAGCACUUUUCGGGCCCAAGAUAUGGCAAUGGUAGUUAGCGUUUGGCGAGAUCCGCAGGAAGACGUGGCCGGAGUACCUCCAAGCGGUCCCAAUCCAGCAGCUCAGCCGGCGAGGGAACAACAGCAGGCGGCGUCAGCAGCGCCGCACACUCCGCAGACCCCCAGUCAACCAGGUCCCCCGUCCACACCAGGAACGGCUGGUGACAAGGGAAAUCAGAAUUCUGGACAGAGUCAGCAGCAUAUAGAAUGUGUUGUUUGUGGGGACAAAUCUAGUGGCAAACACUAUGGUCAAUUCACCUGCGAAGGAUGCAAAAGUUUCUUCAAGAGGAGUGUCCGGAGAAACUUAACAUAUACAUGUCGUGCCAACAGGAACUGUCCUAUUGACCAGCAUCAUCGUAAUCAGUGCCAGUAUUGUCGACUUAAGAAGUGUUUAAAAGUGGGCAUGCGGCGGGAAGCGGUUCAGCGAGGACGAAUGCCUCCAACCCAACCGAACCCGGGCCAGUAUGCGCUAACGAAUGGGGAUCCUCUUAACGGCCAUUGCUAUCUCUCCGGAUACAUCUCGUUGCUACUUCGGGCCGAACCUUAUCCUACGUCUCGCUAUGGCAGCCAGUGCAUGCAACCGAAUAAUAUUAUGGGGAUCGAGAACAUCUGUGAGCUUGCAGCUCGUCUGCUCUUCAGUGCUGUAGAAUGGGCCAGAAACAUCCCUUUCUUUCCCGACCUGCAGAUAACUGACCAGGUGUCCUUGCUCAGACUGACAUGGAGCGAGUUAUUUGUGUUAAACGCGGCUCAAUGUUCCAUGCCCCUGCAUGUGGCCCCAUUGCUCGCAGCUGCCGGUCUGCACGCUUCGCCUAUGUCUGCCGACCGCGUCGUGGCCUUCAUGGAUCACAUUCGUAUAUUCCAGGAACAGGUCGAGAAACUCAAAGCUCUUCACGUCGAUUCUGCAGAAUACAGCUGCAUCAAGGCAAUAGUGAUCUUCACAUCAGACGCUUGCGGCCUGUCAGAUGCAGCACAUAUUGAGAGCCUACAGGAGAAGUCACAGUGCGCCCUGGAGGAGUACGUUAGGAGCCAGUACCCGAACCAGCCCAGUCGCUUUGGCAAGCUUUUACUGCGAUUGCCGUCUCUCCGCACUGUAUCUUCUUCAGUAAUUGAACAGCUGUUCUUCGUUCGCUUGGUAGGUAAAACUCCCAUAGAAACCCUCAUCAGGGAUAUGUUAUUAUCCGGGAGCAGCUUCAACUGGCCCUACAUGUCCAUUCAAUGAUACGAAUGAGUGAAUGAAACAAAAAGACUAAAGGACCAACAUUCUGCAACCUCUUUCAAGAAGACUAUAUAUAGGACUUAAUUUUUUACCACAGUUUUGUCUUCUGGGACCGAAACGGAAUAUGUAAUGUACAAAGGUUAAAGAACUGGACGUACUUCCGUGUAAACCCUUCGCCGUCACCAAGAACACUUACACAUUUGUAAGAUAGUCUUUCUUUUUGUUUUGUUUUGUUUUAUAAAGAACAAAAAGCGUACAAAUAAAAUGAAGAGCAACAUAUGCGCAGUGAACGAAAAAGACAUAGCGGGAAAGAAAUGUUCAAGCGAUUAUAAGAUAUGUCCUGUCUCUGUAUCUCUGUUUUGUAUUUUUUCUGUGAUUCUAUACUAAUGAUUUUUGAUAUAACCAUUUGCUUCUUAUAAUGAGUGCGAUAUAUGUUGUUUAAGCUAUGUUCUCCAAGAAAAUUUAACUGAGAAUUAAAAAAAUAAAGAAAAAGUUAGACAAAUUAGACACAGUCUAUUCGCAAUGGCAUUAUCACUGAUGGUGGAACCUUCCCCCAACUGAUGCUAUGGAUAUGCAACCUCGGACAUUUUAAGCACAGGACAACUGGUGAAACAUUUCUUGAACGUAUGUAUGGACGAGUGUGUGUGUGUUAAGUCAAUCGUUAGUCAGAUUUUGAAUACAUGACAAUUCUAAAGCACUUUUAAUAUAUCAUUUUCAAAUACAUUUUGUUUGUUUCGACUUUAUAUUUUCAAUCAUAUUUUGAAUACAUGACAAUUCAAAAGCACUUUUAAUAUAUCAUUUUCAAAUACAUUUUGUUUGUUUUGUCUUGAUAUUUUCGCUAUUUUUUAUUUUACUUGAUGUUGCCUUUCAUUUUUGCUCAAGUAAAGUUGUGUGAUGGCGACUAUACUAUUAAAAAUGAAACAAGCAGCACUGUCUUGCUUUCAGGAAAUCUAAUGUUGAUCAUGCUAUAAGCAGUUGGGGUGGGCCGCCUUUCGAAUCUGGCUUACACAAAUUCAGUGGUGCAAAUACAAAGACUUUGGUGGCCUAUGAAAAGACAACCAAAAAUACAUGUUUUUAAAGCGGUGUGCUGUUGACAUAUUGCAAACAAAAUAUACGACCGGACAGAAUUUGGAGAUCGUUUUCAAAUAUUGUUUAAACCUUUGAAAAAAUGAAUAUAGUAGCUGCCAUAGAGGAUUACAAAUGCAGGCAUUUGGUUACAUCUCAGCAGCAUAUUAUCAUAGAUUUUAGUGAACAUGUAAGUUUUAUACAUUUUCUGGAUUCAUUAAACCGCGCACAGGAUAAGACUUCUGUGACACUGCUACACACUGUUUUAAAGAGCUAUGCCUGUUUUAGUGCAUUAGUCUAAUUUUCCCAGGCUGGACUGAAAGGCUCGCGCGCAGUCUAAGAAAAGAUAGCAGACAUUCUAGUCCUCUAAACUCCACCUAGUAAGUCUAAGCUCACAUACUAUUAUUACUUUGUGGUAGCUUGUGUUAGGACAAAUACUUUCUCUAGCAACGCAGCUGUAAUAUGUGUGUAAAAUAUGUAUAAUGCCGCAUGUAAACCAGUCGAUAUAGUUGUGAUUCAUGGUACCAAGAGAAAGAAAUUCAUGAGCAUUGAUUGACCAGAACCAGGGAAAUUUCUUGCUACUCAUGCCUGCGUGAUUGCUCUCCAUAUGCACGAAAAAAUAAAUUCAGCUGAUACGCAUGCGGUUGGAAGGAAGGUUUGCUUAUACACACAAUGGCAAUAAUACAUAUUCAUAAUUUAAAUUAAUAAUGUGCUGCUUACUGUAUCAAAGAAUUAUUUUGGUUCUCAAUGCUUCCGAAAGAGAGAGCGCGAGUACAUAAAUAAAAUGUUGCAGGUUUAGACCAAUCCUAUCCGUGAUUUAGACAGGUAAAUCUAGCAUGUAAUAUUGGCGUUUACAUAUAUUUAAUACAGAUAUCUGUUCGCGAAUGCGUCGUUAUCUUUUUGUGGUUUAGUGUGUAAACUGGAGUCAAAGUGGUUCCAGAAGUCACAUUAGCAACAUAAUCUAUUUUCACUCUAUUCGAAACAUGCAUGUUUUUUUUAUUUAUUUACGUUUGUGAAGGGAAAGAAUACAUAUUGUAGCGUAAUUACAUUACACAAUUUUGCUAUAUUUAUAAAGGCGGUGUGAGCCUGUGGCUGAUUAACUUGACGUUAAUAUGCUUCUGAUUUUGUUUUCCCUUGCCUAAACCACUAUACACAUUACCACUGUUACAAGAGUUUUUUUUAUCAGAAAAAAAAUAAAAGACACUAACGCAAGCAAGACUGUAUGGAUC